CGAUCCCUCAUCUUCGGCAGGUCUAAGUUAUCACUGUAAACUACAGCUCCACGCAACCACGACGCACUUCGAAUUCAGUCCAAGUUCUCAAUUACAGUCAAGAUGUUCUCUUCUCGAGCCGUUCCAGCACUUCGCGCCGCUGCCGCGGCCAGGCCCGCUUUGGCUCGCUCCGCCGUCCCAGCUCUGGCUCGUCGUGGAUACGCCGAGGCCGUCAGCGACAAGCUUCAGCUUGAACUCAUCCUCCCUCACGCUGCUCUCUACCAGGGAGAAGUCACACAGGUGAACCUCAGCAGCACUUCGGGUGACAUGGGUAUCCUUGCGUCUCACGUUCCCUCCGUGGAGCAACUCGCACCCGGUCUGGUGGAGGUUAUUGAGUCGAGCGGUACCAAGCGUUGGUUUGUCUCGGGUGGCUUCGCCACGGUCCACCCAAACAACAAGCUUACCAUCAACGCCAUUGAGGCCUACGAGCUGGACCAAUUCUCUCCCGAAAACCUCAGAAACGCGCUCUCCGAGGCUCAACGUGUCGCAUCAGGUUCAGGCAGCCCCGAGAGCAAGGCCGAGGCAGAGAUCGAAGUCGAGACUCUUACCGCUCUGCAAGCCGCUUUGAGCCGCUAAGGUGAAACGAAGUUGAGAAGUCGGAUGAGAAAGACCUUUCGUCCGACACGUGAAGGCUUGCACACAUCAGCCUUGUCUUUCGGCUACUCGCACCUAGAGACAAUCGAUGACUCAGACCGACUCAUCAAUCACUUCUUCGCACCCAGAUGCUGACGUCUUCCAACCGAAAUUGCGACCUUGCAUAAAAUGACAAUGAUGAAGCAGUGGUAGGUACAGAGACAUGAGAGAUCCUUAGAAGAUGCGAGGCAAGCAGAC